AUGGAUUUCGUCAAAACACAUAAGAGAAAGAAUAGUCAUAAAUUUCUACCGCCGCCAGCCACUUCAGGUUCAGCAAUGAGAUCUGACUACGAAUUAAACACAUUGGACGAUAAUACACCCAGUAUACCCGUGAACGAUACUUCUAAUCCUCAAAAUAACCAAGAUGUAGAUUUGGAAGACCGACCCUUAUUUACCAAUUUUGAGGAUAAUUUGGAUGUUGACGAAGAAGCAGAUAGUGAUUUCAUUGGAACUUCACCAUCACCGCCUAUAGACCCAUACAGUAAUUGGUAUAGUUGGUACUCACAUAGAAAAUAUGCACAUAAUAAAAACAAAAUAAUAUGCAUAGGAACAGUAUUCAUUGUGCUAAUUAUAUUAUUUUUUACGAUACCGCUAAUUACUGCAUCUAAUUAUGCACACCCUGGAGAUGGGAAAAGUGGCGAAUUGAAAAAGGCAUUUACCAUUGAAAAUGUGUUUAAAGGUGACUUCGUGGUGGACCAGAAGAAAUUCCAUUUCAUUGAACCUACAACGAGACUGGAAAAUCAUGAUUCGGACCCUGGGUUGUAUUACACUGUCAAAGAUGUUGAAAACUCGCCAUCACAUUUCGUUGCGAGACAAUUGUUCGACAAAGAUUAUGAAGUUGAUUUAGGUGAAACUAAAUUCGUUUACCAAGAUAAAGAAUACAUUGUAAUGGAUGUUAAAUUCAAUUAUAGGUUAGAUCGUGCAAUCUUAGCAACCAAUAUUGUUUCUGAAUUUAGGCAUUCUUCAAAGGGGUUUUAUUGGAUUAAAAACCUCGAGACAAACGAGAUUGUUCCCUUGAAUCCUGGAAACGAGGAAGAAUUAGUGACCUUAUCAUACGCACAUUUUUCACCAAGCAAUAAUUUUGUUUAUUUUGUUCAUGCCAAUGACUUGUUUUACAAACAUCUUUAUUCUGAUGCUCAGCCGGUGCAAAUAACGAACGAUGGAUCUUCUAAUAUUCUUAAUGCUAAACCAGAUUGGGUCUAUGAAGAGGAAGUAUUAGCUUCAGAAAAGGCUAUAUGGUGGUCCCCCGAUGAUUCUAAGUUUAUAUUCGCCAAAUUUGAUAUAACAGCUGUGCCAGAUUAUGAAACCCCCCUAUACACGACAAACCAUCAAUUUCCAAUUAAAGAAUUCAUAAAAUAUCCCAAACCAGGAACUCCGAAUCCAAAAGUGAAAUUAUUUAUGUUUAAAGUGACCGAAGGUGUAUUGUAUCAAGUAAAUACAGGUAAUAAGGAUGAAGAUUUCAUAUUGUAUGGAGCAGAUUGGAUAGGUCCAGAUGAUUUCUUAUUCAAGGAAGCUGAUAGGACUUCCAAAUUGAUGCACGUUAAAUUAUAUGAAACGUUUAAGCAAAAGAUGACAUUAGUUCGUCAAAUCGACUCGAAGAAGUAUAUGGGUUGGAUCGAGAAAGUCCCUAAGAUGUUGGUUAUUCCACCUAACGAAGUAGUUGGAAGGAAGAACUAUGGAUACGUUGAUAUAUGUACUGAUUCAGGCGGCUUCAAUCAUCUAUUUUACUUCGAAACACCGUCAACUAGUGAUGGUAAACAAUUAACCAGAGGUGCUUGGGAAGUUUCUGACAAUGGACUUGUUGGCUUCGAAUAUGAAACUGACACAAUUUUCCUCCAAGCCAAUGAAGUUGGCCCAAUGGCUCAACAUCUUUAUGCAGUGAAAUUAAACGCGAAAGAUAUUGAUGAAUUAACAUCUUUACAGAAUCCUAAUGAUGCAACUGAUUAUGAUGAAUUCACAUUAAGUUCCAGUUGUAGAUAUGCCCUUCACAAAAAACUAGGACCAGGCUCACAUCAGUUUAAAGUAGGCCCUCUUUAUGAUGUUCUUGAUAUAACGAAUGAGCAAGAUGGCAUUCUCGAUUUAACGCAGGAUCUCAUAUUGAAAGAAACUCUUGACAUUUAUGACCUACCAAUCACUAGUUAUAAGAGCAUCAAGUUGGAUGAUGGAGUUGUUAUUAAUUAUGUUGAGAUUAAACCAAAAAGAAUGAACCGUUCAAAGAAAUAUCCUCUGUUGGUGAAUGUUUAUGGAGGUCCAGGGUCUCAAACAUUUACUACAAAAUCAUCAGUACUCCUAGAGCAAUCAGUAUCAUCUGGCUUAGAUGCUAUCGUCUUACAAAUAGAACCAAGAGGUACAGGAGGUAAAGGAUGGGGUUUUAAAUCAUGGGCAAAAAGAAGAUUAGGAUAUUGGGAACCUCGUGAUGUGACAGAAGUCACUAAGAAAUUUAUCGAAAUGAAUAAAGAUCACAUAGAUACAGAAAGAGUUGCCAUAUGGGGUUGGUCAUACGGAGGUUUCACCACUUUGAAAACUGUAGAAUAUGAUAUUGGGGAAACAUUUAAAUAUGCAAUGGCUGUAGCACCAGUAACUAACUGGACAUUCUAUGAUUCCAUUUAUACAGAAAGAUACAUGGACAAAAUUACAGAGAAUGCCGAUGGCUAUUCCAAUAUAUCUGUGGUAAAGGAUAUUGAUGCAUUUGGGAAAUUGAGUAGAUUUCUCAUAAUGCAUGGUACUGCAGAUGAUAAUGUGCAUAUACAAAACACUUACGAACUACUUGAUAAGUUAAAUCUUAAAAAUAUAAGGAACUAUGAUAUGCACAUAUUCCCUGAUUCAGAACACUCAAUCAUGUUCCAUAAUGCACAGAAAAUUGUUUACCAAAAACUUUAUUUCUGGCUGGAGGAUGCGUUUUCUGGUAAAUUAGAUACUAUUCAUUCAUAA